GAAGUGCUGACUCAAUCUGUUCUCGCUCGGUUCCAUUAGAGAGGUUUUCAAUUCUUCAAAUUUCCCGUUCUAGCCAAAGAUCUAUUUUUGACCUCUCCCAAUAUUCAAUUGCCAGUUUUUCCCUGGCGAGGGUGUCAAGAUCUCAUCCAAAAUGGAUCUGUAUCGUUUGCACGUGAUUCCAUUGGAGGCUGAAGACUCGUCCAACGGUCAUUCCUUGGGUGGUGCUGCCAACCAGGAGCCAGAUGCCAAGUCCCCAGUUCAUAUUAGAAUAGUCGUCUCCUCGCUCACGGAUCAACCGUUGCAUAAGCCCUUGUUCCGGUACCUGACGCUCAUCACCUAUGAUGCCGAAGGCGUGAUAUUGCCCCAGAAAUCGUUCGAGACCUACUUGAAUGAGCGACAAGCCAUCCUGUCCAAACCCUCUACAAUUCAGAUGCAGAUUGUUUUAGAAAAUGGAGGGCCUAACGACGUGAUGGUGGAUUGUCGAUUCGCCGGUGACUCAAUCUACGGUUCGCCACAUGUCUUGUCUCUACGUCAUAAUGCUAGUUUCCAUGAGAAUCACAUUCAGAAUGUGCUUCAAUCCUUGAAGGAUCAGAUCGGUGCUCGGACUGAUGCUCAUACCGAUACUCGGGCUGAUCCAAAUGGUCAUGAUCUUGUAUCGGCGAUUGACUCAGAUGCUUUGUCAAAUCCAGUCUGGACUGACGUGGAAGCCAUGGACCCUCAGGAUGUGACCCGAACGGGCAAAUCAACCCGUGAUUUGGAUGCUUCUGACAUCAAAUCCAUGGGCUACGAUGGGGGGGAUGACUCCAUAUACCCGAAUAACGAGCAAUUGUCGACAGUUAGAGAGGUCCCGGAAAUUGAAUCCACCUCACCUCAACGGUUGAUGCGACCCGGGGGGUUCCCAGCCACUGAACGCUUUCCUCACUCGCCAAUGGUAACCAAAAAUCUACCCCUGAAUGUCCCUUCACCACAUACUACGGUACCUGCCACCCCAAAGAUGGGCACUAUUGCCACCGACAUACCCGCCAACGCUGCAUUUACUCCCAAGGAGGUAUCGACCGUCAGUAAUUUGGCUCGGCAAUUGGGUGAGCUUCGCCACUCAAUCCCUAACUUCCCCGAGAUUGACACGGGAACGGCAGUAGAGGACUCGGAAACUGGAUCCUCCAUUCUGGAUCGUGGCCAUGAAGUUGAUAUUGAGCGAUUUCAAAAAAAUCUAUCCGGUGAAGAUGGGGGUGGACAGCCCCAGGGCAACCCUGCUGAAGAUAUGACGCCUUUUGAAGAAAAAGAGGAGAGAUUUGUCAACAAAAGUGUCUCCUUUCAUCCCGAAACCACGGUUUUUCAAAUGUCUCAAGAAUCUCGGCAAAAAGGGGGCCAUGAUCAAACUGUCAUGAACGUGGUUGGUUCCAACGGACGAGCAAACAUGACGGUUAUGACCUACGAUUCGGACAAAGCUUUUGAUGAAUAUGAGCAUGACCGCGUGGAAAUUGUCAAAGCUCGGACGAAAGAAGCUGAUGGCGAACUUUCUUUAGCUAAAUCCCUCAUCGAUCAUCAAAACAGUUCUCAUGAUGGAACCAUGAACGUGACAGAUCGUACGGAAGAAUCCUACGACGACUUGCUGACUGGUGAGGAGGAAAUUGAAGAUUGGGCACAGGCUUACGGAAUAUUCAUCCCACGGGUCCAAACUUUUGAGAAAACCGAUCAUCCAAACCAGUCCGUGGAUUCUUGGAACACGAGUAGAGUUCCAGUUCGGAAGCCGCUUACCCCUGAGUUUGAUCUCUCGUCCAAGAGGACUGGAUUGGGCUUGUUUAAGUCAUUUGUAAUCCCGGGUGUGCCUCAGUCCGUAGCACCACUUCGUGGCAAUCGAUUGCUCGUAACAGAUGUAGAGAAUAGCAAAAUUUGGUCCAUUGAUUGCAUCUCGAGUGAAACAGAGGAUUGGGCGUCGGAAAUAGACUUCGAUGGCCCACGUUACAUAAUAGCCCUCUCGAUUCAUCGUGUUGUUGUACUGGAUAACAAAUACAUCUAUGUUUUCCGAUCCGAUGGUCAGCUCAUCCGGAAGAUCUUUGAAGGCGAGGCCCAUCGUUUCCGUGGCUUGACUUACUAUCAGGAAUAUGGGCGAUUGGUCACUUCAGAGACCACUGCGAGUGGCAUUCAAAUCGUGUUCAUUGAUGUGGAAAAAACCCGAGAUAUUGUCCACGUGAUUAAAAUCGAUGUCCCCGAUUUAGACCUGAAGAACUCCAAAGUGAGAUAUCUCUCUUGCGCCAAAGGUUAUCUAUAUGCCUCCGAUCUGGGCCUAGGACAAGUCUACGUCAUUCGAUUGAAAGAUCAGCACUUCCAAGUGAUCAAAUCUCAUUUUGAAGGGUCAAACCGCCUCAAACAAGCUUCUGGAUUGGACGUGGAUCCUGCAGGGAACAUUCUGGUGGGAAGCAUGGCCCAUGGGAAAUUGCAGUUGUUAAAACCCAAUGGCAAAUUCGCCAAGACGUUCCAACCAUCGAUUUUGGGGAGCCCAGGUGGUGUUCUCAUUCAUGGCGGAGGUAUUUGUGUCAUUGAUUGCAAGAAAAAGCUCCUGCACAUGUUCCUUGCCACGGAAAUAUGACUCGCCACGGAAAGAUGGCUCGUCGAUGCUCUCAAAAUACAUUCUCAAUGACCUUUGAGCCUAGAGGGGCUGCUGCAUUGUUUUUAUGAAACAAAGACUUGGUUGAAAUCAGA